UUUGAGCAUCAUGGCGGCAUCCAUCGAGGGAUUGCUAACAGAGCUAGCCGACUUGGAGGAACCUGUGGAGGCGCUGAGGAACCUCCGAACCGCCGUGUUAUCGACUCCUGUUAGUUCUCUGAGAGAAACUCUUACCGCUCCUCAGCUGGGGAUUAUUUUCUUUUUACUCAACACGAAUAACAAGGAACAGAUUGAAGUGUGUGUGGAGAUUCUGGGGCGGGUCUUGGAGGUCUUAGACCCUGCUUAUCUGGCUCAGAACUGCAAGGCAGAGCUUCAAGGUGGACUUAAGCACCCAGACGAUUCAGUAAAAGUACUCGCUCUUACUCAGAUUGGGCGGGUAAUCGGUCAUGCUGCCGGAAUCACAGAGGUGCUGAAUUAUCCUGAGCUUCUGCGGGAUGCGAUCCACUGCAUAGGGGCAGACAGCAUAGGCAUAGCUAAAGAGGCCAUAGCUGCCCUCAGCAAGCUGAGCAACACAAAGGCUGGACUUGAUGCACUUUUCCGCACCAAUUUGCUGAAUGAGCUCAAGAAUGUGAUGGCCAUCAGUGACAUCAUCAGAUACAGAGUGUAUGAGCUUGUGGUGGAAAUCUCUUCUGUAUCUCCUGUCUAUUUGGGUUACUGUGCCAACAGCAGCUUGAUCACUCAGCUGCUCGAGGAGCUGACCGGAGACGAUGUUCUUGUCAGAGCCACUGCUAUAGAGAUGGUCACUAAUCUGGCUGAGAGCCAACAUGGUCGCCAGUACCUGGCACAGCAAGGGAUCAUGGACAGAAUAUCCAACAUGAUCAUGGCGGCAGAGUCCGACCCAUUCUCCAGCUUCUAUCUUCCAGGUCUGGUGAAGUUCUUCGGUAAUUUGGCAAUUAUGGACAGUCCACAGCAGGUGUGUGAGAAUUACCCGGCGUUCCUCAACACGGUGUUUGCCAUGGCGAUGAACCCUGACCCAACGCAGAUUCCCGUGGCCCUGGAUACACUUGGAGUGCUGGGUGGCACUGUGGAGGGCAAACAGGUCUUGCAUAAAACAGGUGAACAGUUUAAAGCAGUCUUGAAGCGAAUAAGUCAGCUAGCCAAAGAUGGAGCCACUGAUCUACGAGCGAGGAGUUUGGAGGCUCUUGCUCAACUGCUUACACUACCUGUGGAGCAGCAAACUGAUGACUUACUGCAGCUUACAGAGUCGUGGUUUCGCUGUCUGAGCGCCGAGCCUCUGGAAAUGAUCAGGAACAUCAGCACUCAGCCCUUCCCUGAGUUACACUGCAGUGCACUGCGCAUAUUCAUUGCGAUAGCGUGCCAGGCGUGGGGCCAGAGAAUGAUGAUGUCAUCACCAGGAUUCGCAGAAUGGGUAGUGGAGCGCUCCGUCGGCAAGGGGAAGGAGGCGAAAGACCGCAAGUACGAGCUGGUGGGAGCGCUGUUGAGCUCGGCCAGCACGCAGGAGAUCUUCGGCGCUCAGAAUCACCUGAAGCUGAGGACGUACCUGAAGGAGGGGCCGUACUACAUCAACGCCGUGUCAUCGGUCACCACUGAGGGGGCAGACUGAUCAAAAACGCACUUCGUUGUGAUAUCAGUGUUGAUAUUUGUCAUGUUCGGUUUUGGUGUAGAGACUCUCACCUGAAUUACUCACCUGGUAAUGAAGUUCACAUCUUGAUGCUCUUCUUAAUAUUCAGUGUCUGGAGAAGACCUGAAUUUAUUCACACAUUCAUUCCUGUUUAUAUAACCUGUUUUUUUUCACACAGUUGAAUUUGUGUUGCCUUUGUCGCAUUUUUCAUUGUUUUGAAUACUAAUAAUUACCUAAUGCUGAGCUAAAGUACUAAGUAGUCUAAA